UCGAUUUUAUUCAUAAUGGCAAAGCACUUUUAGUUCAUCAUAUUCCCGUUAUUCUUCGUAAACUUCGCCGUCUUGCAAAAAUAAUUCGUGGACUUUCGAACUACCGAUUCUAUGGAAGCAGUUUAUUGCUUAUUUAUGAUGGCGAUGAGAGCAAUCCACGAGAUAUAGACGUUAAAAUAAUUGAUUUUGCUCAUUGUACGACGGGCAAAGAUUAUUCACCUGAAGAGUAUAAAUAUCCACCACAUGAAGGUUACGAUAAAGGAUACUUAUUAGGACUUAAAAGUUUAUGCCAGUCUUUUGAAAAAAUUUAUAAAAACACUUAUGGUAUUAAACCUGAAGACGUUGGUGAGGAAGAAGAAGGCGUUUUUUCAGAAAUCUGCGAAGAUCAUGAUUAUUCUUCAUGA